AUGCUGGGGUUCUCAGGCCUCCCGGAAAGGAUCCGGGAAUUCUCUAACAGGAAGUUCCUGCCCGGCCAGCUCGGGGACAAAGCCAGGAAAGCAGCCCGGGCAUCGGGCAUCGCACCUGGCCGGCGCGCUCCGUUCCCUCCCAAGGAAGGCUUGGCCCUGGAGAAGGAGAAAGGGGGCGACGAGGAGACGGAAGAGGACAGCGUCUUUAACUUCUGUGUCCCCGGCAUCGUCCCUCUCCAGUCGCCGCUGCAUAAGACCUUUCGGUCGACAGAUACCGUGGGCUUUGUGGAGUCGGAGCUGAAGAUGCUGCUGGCCGUGCGGCGCGAGUCCCGCCUCUGGAAGAUGGGCGCCCAAGAGGGCCGGGAGCUGCUGGCCCAGCCAGAGAUCACCCUGGAGGAGGCGGGCAUUGUGGAUGGCCAGGUCCUGCCCCACCCCGCCCCACCCGGGUCCCUCCCCCUGCUCAAGGGCCCUGGGGAGAGCUCUGGUUACAGCGCCAGGCUGGUGGAUGACCGCUGCGUGGUGGAGCCUGCUGCCGGGGACCUGGACAACCCCCCUAAGAAGUUCCGAGACUGCCUGUUCAAGGUGUGUCCCAUGAACCGCUACUCGGCCCAGAAGCAGUACUGGAAGGCCAAGCAGGCCAAGCAGGACAAGGAGAAGAUCUCAGAUGUGGUGUUGCUGCAGAAGCUGCAGCACGCCGCCCAGAUGGAGCAGAAGCAGAAUGACACGGAGAACAGGAAGGUGCACGGGGACGUCGUCAAGUAUGGCAGCGUGAUCCAGCUCCUGCACAUGAAGAGCAACAAGUACCUGACUGUCAACAAGCGGCUGCCGGCCCUCCUGGAGAAGAACGCCAUGCGGGUGACGCUGGAUGCCACGGGCAACGAGGGCUCCUGGCUCUUCAUCCAGCCCUUCUGGAAGCUUCGGAGCAACGGGGACAAUGUGGUUGUAGGGGACAAGGUGAUUCUGAACCCCGUCAACGCCGGGCAGCCUCUGCACGCCAGCAAUUACGAGCUCACUGAUAAUGCCGGCUGCAAGGAGGUCAACUCGGUGAACUGCAACACCAGCUGGAAGAUCAACCUGUUCAUGCAGUUCCGGGACCACCUGGAGGAGGUGCUGAAAGGGGGAGACGUAGUGCGGCUAUUCCACGCGGAGCAGGAGAAGUUCCUGACGUGUGACGAGUAUAAGAGCAAGCUGCAGGUGUUUCUGCGGACCACACUGCGCCAGUCUGCCACCUCGGCCACCAGCUCCAACGCCCUCUGGGAGGUGGAGGUGGUCCACCAUGACCCCUGCCGGGGAGGAGCUGGCCACUGGAACGGCCUCUACCGUUUCAAGCACCUGGCCACCGGCAACUACCUGGCUGCCGAGGAGAACCCCGGCUACAAGGGUGACGUCUCAGAUGCCAAGGCGGCAGGCGCGGGUGCCCAGGGCCGGGCCGGCCGCAGGAAUGCCGGGGAGAAGAUCAAGUAUCGCCUGGUGGCCGUGCCCCACGGGAACGACAUCGCCUCCCUCUUUGAGCUGGACCCCACCACGCUGCAGAAAACCGACUCCUUUGUGCCCCGGAACUCCUACGUCCGGCUGCGGCACCUCUGCACCAACACGUGGGUCCACAGCACCAGCGUGCCUAUCGACGUGGACGAGGAGCGGCCCAUCCGGCUCAUGCUGGGCACCUGCCCCACCAAGGAGGACAAGGAGGCCUUUGCCAUUGUGUCCGUGCCCGUGUCUGAGAUCCGAGACCUGGACUUCGCCAACGACGCCAGCUCCAUGCUGGCCAGCACCGUGGAGAAGCUCAAUGAGGGGUUCAUCAGCCAGAACGACCGCAGGUUUGUCAUCCAGCUGCUGGAGGACCUGGUCUUCUUUGUCAGCGACGUCCCCAACAAUGGGCAGAACGUCCUGGACAUCAUGGUCACCAAGCCCAACCGGGAGCGGCAGAAGCUGAUGAGGGAGCAGAACAUCCUUAAGCAGAUCUUUGGCAUUCUGAAGGCUCCCUUCCGAGACAAAGGGGGCGAGGGCCCCCUGGUGCGCCUGGAGGAACUGUCGGACCAGAAGAACGCCCCCUACCAGCACAUGUUCCGGCUCUGCUACCGCGUGCUGCGGCACUCGCAGGAAGACUACCGCAAGAACCAGGAGCACAUCGCCAAGCAGUUUGGGAUGAUGCAGUCCCAAAUCGGCUACGACAUCCUGGCCGAGGACACCAUCACAGCUCUGCUGCACAACAACCGCAAGCUCUUGGAGAAGCACAUCACCAAGACGGAGGUGGAGACCUUCGUCAGCCUCGUGCGCAAGAACCGCGAGCCCAGGUUCCUGGACUACCUCUCCGACCUGUGUGUGUCCAACCACAUCGCCAUCCCGGUCACCCAGGAGCUCAUCUGCAAGUGUGUGCUGGACCCCAAGAACAGCGACAUUCUCAUCCAGACGGAGCUUCGGCCCGUGAAGGAGAUGGCGCAGUCCCACGAGUACCUGAGCAUCGAGUACUCAGAGGAGGAAGUGUGGCUCACGUGGACCGACAGGAACAACGAGCACCACGAGAAGAGUGUCCGGCAGCUGGCCCAGGAGGCGCGGGCAGGCAACGCCCAUGACGAGAAUGUGCUCAGCUACUACAGGUGCCCGCCUGCUGGCCGCCCCUCCUCUGCCUUCCGUGCUUCCAAGUGCUUCCUGCUGUGGUCUGGGGACCCCGGCGCCUGCAUCCCGGGAAGGAAAAUCAACGCCUCCCGAGACGACAAGAAGAACAAGUUCGCCAGCACCACGGAGUUCGUGGAGGACUACCUCAACAACGUGGUCAGCGAGGCUGUGCCCUUCGCCAACGAGGAGAAAAACAAGCUCACCUAUGAGGUGGUCAGCCUGGCGCACAAUCUCAUCUACUUCGGCUUCUACAGCUUCAGUGAGCUGCUGCGGCUCACACGCACGCUGCUCGGCAUCAUAGACUGCGUGCAGGGUCCCCCCGCCAUGCUGCCGGUCUACGAGGAUGCGGGCGGCAAGAACGUGAGGCGGUCUAUCCAGGGCGUGGGGCACAUGGUGUCCACCAUGGUGCUGAGCCGCAAGCAGUCGGUCUUCGGGGGCCCCAGCAUGCCCACUGGCACCGGUGCCCCCGAGCCCGCGGAUCGCAGCAAGUGCGAGGAAAACGAAGACAUCGUGGUGAUGGAGACCAAGCUGAAGAUCCUGGAGAUCCUGCAGUUCAUCCUCAAUGUCCGCCUGGACUACCGCAUCUCCUACCUGCUGUCGGUCUUCAAGAAGGAGUUUGUGGAGGUGUUUCCCAUGCAGGACAGCGGAGCUGACGGCACAGCCCCCGCCUUCGACUCCACCACCGCCAACAUGAACCUGGAUCGCAUUGGGGAGCAGGCGGAAGCCAUGUUUGGAGUGGGGAAGACGAGCAGCAUGCUGGAGGUGGACGAUGAGGGCGGCCGCAUGUUCCUGCGCGUGCUCAUCCACCUCACCAUGCACGACUACGCGCCGCUGGUCUCCGGGGCUCUGCAGCUACUCUUUAAGCACUUCAGCCAGCGCCAGGAGGCCAUGCACACCUUCAAACAGGUGCAGCUGCUGAUCUCGGCCCAGGAUGUGGAGAACUACAAGGUUAUCAAGUCAGAGCUGGACCGGCUGCGGACCAUGGUGGAGAAGUCGGAGCUGUGGGUGGACAAGAAGGGCAGCAAGGGCGACGAGGGGGAGGCGGGUGCCGCCAAGGACAAGAAGGAGCAGCCCACGGAUGAGGAGGGCUUCCUGCAUCCCCCGGGGGAGAAAAGCAGCGAGAACUACCAGAUUGUCAAGGGCAUCUUGGAGCGGCUGAACAAGAUGUGUGGCGUCGGGGAGCAGAUGCGCAAGAAGCAGCAGCGGCUCCUGAAGAACAUGGAUGCCCACAAAGUCCUGCUGGACCUGCUACAGGUCCCGUACGACAAGGGAGAUACCAAGAUGGUGGAGAUCCUGCGCUACACCCACCAGUUCCUGCAGAAGUUCUGUGCGGGGAACCCCGGCAACCAGGCCCUGCUGCACAAGCACCUGCACCUCUUCCUCACGCCGGGGCUCCUGGAGGUGGAGACCAUGCAGCACAUCUUCCUGAACAACUAUCAGCUCUGCUCCGAGAUCAGCGAGCCGGUGCUGCAGCACUUUGUGCACCUGCUGGCCACGCACGGCCGGCACGUGCAGUACCUGGACUUCCUGCACACCGUCAUCAAGGCCGAGGGCAAGUACGUCAAGAAGUGCCAGGACAUGAUCAUGACGGAGCUGACCAACGCAGGCGACGACGUGGUUGUGUUCUACAACGACAAGGCUUCCCUGGGCCACCUGCUGGACAUGAUGAAGGCCGCCCGCGACGGUGUGGAGGACCACAGCCCCCUCAUGUACCACAUCUCCCUGGUGGAUCUGCUGGCUGCCUGCGCUGAGGGCAAGAAUGUCUACACGGAGAUCAAGUGUACCUCCCUGCUGCCCCUGGAGGACGUGGUAUCCGUGGUGACCCACGAGGACUGCAUCACCGAGGUGAAGAUGGCCUAUGUGAACUUCGUGAACCACUGCUACGUGGACACGGAGGUAGAGAUGAAGGAGAUCUACACCAGCAAUCACAUCUGGACGCUCUUUGAGAGCUUCACCUUGGACAUGGCGCGGGUCUGCAGUAAGCGGGAAAAGCGCCUGGCGGACCCCACGCUGGAGAAGUACGUGCUGACUGUCGUGCUCGACACUGUCAACGCCUUCUUCAGUUCCCCGUUCUCCGAGAACAGCACCUCUCUGCAGACGCACCAGACCAUCGUGGUGCAGCUGCUGCAGUCCACCACCAGGCUGCUUGAGUGCCCGUGGCUGCAGCAGCUGCACAAGGGCUCCGUGGAGGCCUGCAUCCGGACCCUGGCCAUGGUGGCCAAAGGCCGGGCCAUUCUGCUGCCCCUGGACCUGGACGCCCACAUCAGCUCGCUGCUCAGCACCGGGGCCAGCUGUGCCGCCGCCGCCCAGCGCAACGCCUCCAGCUACAAGGUGGCCACUCGGGCCUUCCCGCGCGUCACGCCCACCGCCAACCAGUGGGACUACAAGAACAUCAUCGAGAAGCUGCAGGACAUCAUCACGGCCCUGGAGGAGCGGCUGAAGCCCCUGGUGCAGGCUGAGCUGUCCGUGCUGGUGGACGUGCUGCACUGGCCUGAGCUGCUCUUCCUGGAGGGCAGCGAGGCCUACCAGCGCUGCGAGAGUGGCGGCUUCCUGUCCAAGCUGAUCCAGCACACCAAGGACCUCAUGGAGUCCGAGGAGAAGCUGUGCAUCAAGGUGCUGCGGACCCUGCAGCAGAUGCUGCUCACAAAGAGCAAGUAUGGGGAGCGGGGCAACCAGCUGCGCAAGAUGCUGCUGCAGAACUAUCUCCAGAACCGGAAGUCCAGCUCGAGGGGGGACUUGCCGGACCCCAUGGGUGCCGGCCCGGACCAGGACUGGUCAGCAAUCGCAGCCACCCAGUGCCGGCUGGACAAGGAGGGGGCCACCAAGCUGGUGUGCGACCUCAUCACCAGCACCAAGAACGAGAAGAUCUUCCAGGAGAGCAUUGGCCUGGCCAUCCGCCUGCUGGACGGGGGCAACACCGAGAUCCAGAAAUCCUUCUACAACCUGAUGACCAGCGACAAGAAGUCGGAGCGCUUCUUCAAGGUGCUGCACGACCGCAUGAAGCGGGCCCAGCAGGAGACCAAGUCCACCGUGACGGUCAACAUGAGCGACCUGGGCAGCCAGCCCCGCGAGGACCACGAGCCAGACCCUACCACCAAAGGCCGCGUGGCGUCCUUCUCCAUGCCCAGCUCGCCGUCCCGCUAUUCGCUGGGCCCCAGCCUGCCCCGGAGGCACGACGUGGGCGAGCGCGUGCAGAGUAACGAGAUGGGCACGUCCGUGCUGAUCAUGCAGCCCAUCCUGCGCUUCCUGCAGCUGCUGUGCGAGAACCACAACCGCGACCUGCAGAACUUCCUGCGCUGCCAGAACAACAAGACCAAUUACAACCUGGUGUGCGAGACUCUGCAGUUCCUGGACAUCAUGUGCGGCAGCACCACGGGCGGCCUGGGACUGCUGGGGCUCUACAUCAACGAGGACAACGUGGGCCUCGUCAUCCAGACGCUGGAGACCCUCACCGAGUACUGCCAGGGCCCCUGCCACGAGAACCAGACCUGCAUCGUGACGCAUGAGUCCAACGGCAUCGACAUCAUCACCGCGCUGAUUCUCAACGACAUCAGCCCCCUGUGCAAGUACCGCGUCGAUUUAGUGCUGCAGCUCAAGGACAACGCCUCCAAGCUGCUCCUGGCCCUGAUGGAGAGCCGGCACGACAGCGAGAACGCUGAGCGCAUCCUCAUCAGCCUGCGGCCCCAGGAGCUGGUGGAUGUCAUCAAGAAGGCCUACCUGCAGGAGGAGGAACGGGAGAACUCAGAAGUGAGCCCACGAGAAGUGGGUCACAAUAUCUACAUCCUGGCGCUGCAGCUCUCCAGGCACAACAAACAGCUGCAGCACCUGCUGAAGCCCGUGAAGCGCAUCCAAGAGGAGGAGGCCGAGGGCAUCUCUUCCAUGCUCAGCCUCAACAACAAGCAGCUCUCUCAGAUGCUGAAGUCUUCCGCGCCGGCGCAGGAGGAGGAGGAGGACCCCCUGGCCUACUAUGAAAACCACACGUCCCAGAUCGAGAUCGUGCGGCAGGACCGCAGCAUGGAGCAGAUCGUGUUCCCGGUGCCCGCCAUCUGCCAGUUCCUGACGGAGGAGACCAAGCACCGGCUCUUCACCACCACGGAGCAGGACGAGCAGGGCAGCAAAGUGAGCGACUUCUUCGACCAGUCCUCCUUCCUGCACAACGAGAUGGAGUGGCAGCGGAAGCUUCGCAGCAUGCCGCUGAUCUACUGGUUCUCCCGCCGCAUGACCCUUUGGGGGAGCAUCUCCUUCAACCUGGCCGUCUUCAUCAACAUUAUCAUUGCCUUCUUCUACCCGUAUGUGGAGGGCGCAUCCACAGGCGUGCUGGGCUCCCCACUCAUCUCCCUGCUCUUCUGGGUCCUCAUCUGCUUCUCCAUCGCGGCCCUGUUCACCAAGCGCUACAGUGUCCGCCCUCUCAUCGUGGCCCUCCUCCUGCGCUCCAUCUUCUACCUGGGCAUCGGGCCUACGCUCAACAUCCUGGGUGCCCUCAAUCUGACCAACAAGAUCGUGUUCGUGGUGAGCUUCGUGGGCAACCGUGGCACCUUCAUCCGUGGUUACAAGGCUAUGGUCAUGGACAUGGAAUUCCUAUACCACGUGGGCUACAUCCUCACGAGUGUCCUGGGCCUCUUUGCCCACGAACUCUUCUACAGCAUCCUGCUCUUCGACCUCAUCUACCGCGAGGAGACGCUGUUCAAUGUCAUCAAGAGCGUCACCCGCAAUGGCCGCUCCAUCCUGCUGACCGCCCUGCUGGCCCUCAUCCUGGUCUACCUCUUCUCCAUUGUGGGCUUCCUCUUCCUCAAGGAUGACUUCAUCCUUGAGGUCGACCGGCUGCCCAGCAACCAGUCCAAAGCCAGCACCCUGGGGAUGCCACGGGGCGCCGCUACGUUUGUGGGCACGUGCAGCAGGGACACGACGGACUGUGACUCCGUCUCGGUGCCCGAGGUGCUGGGAGGGGACGAGGAGCCGGCGAGCACGGAGAGGGCCUGCGACACGCUGCUCAUGUGCAUCGUCACGGUCAUGAACCACGGGCUGCGCAACGGGGGCGGCGUGGGCGACAUUCUCCGCAAGCCCUCCAAAGACGAGUCGCUGUUCCCGGCCCGCGUGGUCUAUGACCUCCUGUUCUUCUUCAUCGUCAUCAUCAUCGUGCUGAACCUCAUCUUUGGGGUGAUCAUCGACACCUUCGCUGACCUGCGCAGUGAGAAGCAGAAGAAGGAGGAGGUUCUCAAGACCACGUGCUUCAUCUGCGGUCUGGAGAGGGACAGGUUCGACAAUAAGACGGUGUCCUUUGAGGAGCACAUCAAGCUGGAGCACAACAUGUGGAACUACCUGUACUUCAUCGUGCUGGUCCGCGUGAAGGACAAGACGGACUACACCGGCCCCGAGAGCUACGUGGCCCAGAUGAUCAAGAACAAGAACCUGGACUGGUUCCCCCGGAUGCGGGCCAUGUCCCUGGUGAGCAACGAGGGGGAGGGCGAGCAGAACGAGAUCCGGAUCCUUCAGGACAAGCUCGGCUCCACCAUGAAGCUGGUGUCCCACCUCACUGCCCAGCUCAGCGAGCUCAAGGAGCAGAUGACCGAGCAGCGGAAGCGCCGGCAACGCCUGGGUUUUGUGGAUGUCCAGAACUGCAUGAGCCGCUGAGCAGAGCCACGAGGCCCACAGGGCGCAAUGCUGGAGAGCCGAAUGGGAACAACACUGCCCGCCAUCGCGCUGGGGGCCCCGCUGGCUAGGUGCCCACCAGCUUCCGGUUCCCACUCUGCCAGAAACCCCCCGGAGCAGUGAGUUCUGAUCAGUGUUGGGGGUGGGCAGGGGAAUGUGGAGCCUGAGCUAGCAAUCCUGCCUCAAGCUCUUGACAAGACUCAGAAUGUCGCUGGGACUCAGUUUACCUUAGUGCCUUAGACAAAGAUAAGUCCUGGAGACUUUUGUCCUUGAAAGCCGUAACUCACAUUCCCCUCUAGUCCUCCUUGUGGGUGAUCGGAGUGGGUCUCUCUCCAAGCACUACAUGCUGGCCGCUACCUGCUGCUUGGGUAGAUGGCAAUAAUGCUGUUACUAGCAACUUUAGGCCUUUGUUGUUUAACUUAUUCCAAGGAUGUACUCCUCAGCCCUGCCCAUCUUCCUCUCUGCCUAGCCACGAGGGGCCUGGUGGCCCCAGGAGGGAGCACCUCGCUCCUGUAGCUGGCCCUGUCAGAGCAGGGGCACACCCAGGUGACAGCUUGGGUGUGUUAGAUCUGGGUCUUUCAUUUGGGGGGUGAGGGCGGGAUGGGUUGUUUCUUCUUUUGGUGUAAUGUUCUACAAAUCCUCCUUUGGCCUGAGAAUAUGUUAAUUGCCUUAAAUAAAUUAAUAGAAAUCUA